AUGGUGCUUGGUGCCACUUUGUCCUCUUGGGGCAAUAAAGGCACCUAUUGCCUUGGGUAGAGUGCAGGCACGAUAGCAGCAGGGGACGGAAGCUCACCUUCAGGAGCAGGAUCCAGACGGGCCCCAGCCCUCCACCCAAAAAUGCCAAAGCUUUUGCAGCCCCUCUCAUUUCUGGUCCUGCUCGUCCUUGCUGCCACCGCCCAGGGACAGACCGACACGGGCCCCAAGGUGCUGCAGCCGUGGCUCAUUGGCCUCACGGCCGUCGUCGUCUUCCUCUUCAUCAUCUUCGUGAUGCUGCUCGUUAACCGACUCUGGAAUCUCAGGAGGCACAGGAAGGAGGACGACUACCCGGAGACCCUGGCAGCUGGCAGGCUGGGGCGCUCCGGCCACGUCAACCCGGCGGCUGCGGACUGGGAUGAGCUGAGCGACGACAAGCAGCAGAGCAAGGCCACGUCCCUCUGAAUCCCUCCCGGCCCCCUCUGCCCGCUCCGGAGCACCUCUGACGG